UUCGCCGUGUUUGCGGGUCUGUGGCGCUUGUUCGUUCCCUUCGUUCGGUCGUGUCGGUCGCACGUACGUUUCCGUGGCUCGUUGUCGCCGAUUGAAUUAAAUUAUCUUCCCGUCAGCUCGGCUCCGUUCCGGCAUCUUCCGCAUAUUUACAGUGACACCAGUGUGAACGCGCUAAAACGGUGGAAUAAUCUUCGCAAAUAACGGGGGGGAAUAUCAAAGGAAUUUAGUGGUGCUACGAAGAAGACAACCUAAAGAACCAUGUCGUCGUUCGCUUUGCGACUUGCUCCCCGGUUUGCCGGUAAAUCGGCCAACCAGCUCCUGGCGGCGGCCGCGGCCCAAAAGAAAACCUACUUCACCUACUCGAACCAAAUCUCGCAACCGCUCGAACGGCAACCGAAGUACACCACUCCCGAGGAAGCGGUCAAAGUCAUCAAAUCAGGUGAUGUCGUGUUUGCCCAGGGAGCCGCUGCAACCCCGAUCACGCUGCUGGACGCGAUGACGAAGCACGGCAUGGAGAACAACCUGCGCGAUAUCACCGUAGCGCACAUGCACACCGAGGGACCAGCAUCAUACUGCAAGCCGGAGUGCAAGGACGUGUUCCGCUCAAAGUCCCUGUUCAUGGGCGGCAAUGUGCGGGCGGCGGUGGCCGACGGUCGCGGUGAUGCCGUACCGAUCUUUCUGCACGAAAUUCCGCUGCUGUUCCGCCGCAAGCUGAUCCAGCCGGAUGUGGCGAUCGUGUCGGUGUCGCCGCCGGAUCAGCACGGUUACUGCACGCUCGGUACCAGCGUCGACUGCGUCCGGGCCGCCCUGGAGAACUCGAAGGUGAUCAUCGCACAGGUAAACAAGCAGAUGCCGCGCACGUUCGGUGACAGCAUUAUCCACGAGUCCCACUUCGACUAUGCGGUCAACGUGGACAUUCCGCUGCCGGAGCACGGUGGCCACGCGAUGUCCGAGGUCGAGACGAAGAUUGGCAAGCUGAUCGCGGAAAACCUGGUCGAAGAUGGGGCGACGCUGCAGAUGGGCAUCGGCAACAUCCCGGACGCGGUACUAAACGCACUGCACAACCACAAGGACCUCGGUAUUCACUCGGAGAUGUUCGCCGGCGGUGUUGUUGAUCUGGUGCGCAAGGGAUGUGUUACGAACGACAAGAAAACGUACCACCGUGGACGCAUCGUGGGCUCGUUCCUGAUCGGCACGAAGAAACUGUACGACUUUGUGGACAACAAUCCUUUCAUCGAAAUGUUGGAAAUUAACUACGUCAACAAUGUCGGCAUUAUCGCCCGCAACCCAAAAAUGACGGCCAUCAACUCGGCCAUCGAGGUUGACCUGACCGGACAGGUGUGUGCCGAUUCGAUCGGCACGCGCAUGUACUCCGGCUUCGGUGGCCAGGUGGACUUUAUCCGGGGAGCGGCCGAAGGUUUCGACGGAAAGGGUAAACCCAUCAUCGCUCUGCCAUCAGUCACCAACAAGGGCCAGAGCAAGAUUUCACCGAUUCUUAAACCAGGCGCUGGCGUGGUCACCUCCCGUGCCCACGUGCACUACGUCGUCACUGAGUACGGUAUUGCCAACCUGUUCGGACGCAGCUUGCGUCAGCGUGCGUACGCUCUGAUCCAGAUUGCGCACCCGGAACAUCGAGAAGCUCUCGAAAAGGCCGCCUUCGAGCGCCUGAAAACGAUGCCCACCCCGAACUAAAUGGUCCCACUUUUGCACCGGUGGCAUCAUUAGCGGCAUCAUCAUCAGCACCAUUAUCAUCCUCUCAACGCACCAAUCCGAAAUGCAUUGCGUAUUCGCUUGGAUGGCUAGGCGGAACCAAAACCCUCCCGGUGCUGAAGUGAACAUUUCGGUCGAUAUCGAUUCAAAGCAAUGAAUUAUUUAAUCGAAGCACGCGUUGCACACACCAAUAUCACGUUGCAAAUUUUGGGGAGGAACACAAACACACACACAGGACAAGAAAAAAACCCGCGCUUGGAGGGUGAAAAAGUCAAGCAUAAAGUUCUUUAUCGUUAUCUUUUUUAAUUAUUUUAAUCUGUUUAAAACGAAAUUUACAAUGUGGCUUCACGUCCUCGGCAGCUUCGAUGGAGUAACUCUCUCAUCGAGGUAAAAAUUGAACAACUCUUUCUGUCGUAAAAAUUAUCAGCGAAAUUACCAAAUAAAGCAAUUUAUCGUUAAAGGA